AUGUUUGGCUCCAAGAUUCUCGCUGUUGCUGCGCUUGCGCUGAGUGUCGUCGCUCACGAGACUACCUGUCCAGCACCCACAACCGUCACAAUCACCGUCACGCACUCUAUUACCCGGCCUGGACCGCCACCAACGCCUUCAAGCUCGUAUGCAUCUCCUCCUCCUCCUGCUGAAUCGGUCGUAGCGCCUAGCCCGAGCAGCGUUGUCAGUCUCACUAGCGCUGUAACGCCCCAUGAGCCUAUUCCUACUUCAGAGACUGCUGCACCCUCUGGCCCGGCUCCAAGUAUUGCUCCGUCAGCGCCACUUGAGAGUUCUCCCGCUGCCUCUGGUGCUACUACUGUACCUAUCGUCGUCGCGCCGUCCGCCGUUGUGCCGCCCGUCUCGUCAACCGUUGAAGCCCCACCGGCUUCAUCCAGUGCGGUUGCCUCGAGUCCUGCGCUCCCAGAGAUCACGAAUGCAGCUGCUAUUGCUACGCCCUUGGGUGGUUUGGGCUCGCUCUUGGCUAUCGGCGCUGCAGCUCUAGUCGCCGUUGUCUAA